AUGCGUGCGUUCCUUAAGUCCUUAGAUGAACAUGUUUGGAUUAGCGUUCAAAAUGGUUGGAAACCUCCAUCUACUACCGUAUCAGGAACAAUUAACCUUACUGACAUAUCACUGUGGAAUAAAGAUGAAUUAGCUGCAUGUAAUUGGAAUAGUAAGGGAAUUCAUGCAUUAUUCAUGGUUAUAUCUCCAGAAGAGUUUAGGAGAGUGUCUAUGUGUGAAACUGCUAAGGAGGUUUGGGACAUUCUCGAAACUACACAUGAGGGAACUAAGAUAGUAAAGAACUCAAAAUUGCAAAUGCUAGCCUCUAGGUUUGAAGAAGUGAGGAUGAAAGAUGAUGAAACCUUUGAUGAGUUUUACGCUAAACUAAAUGAUAUAGUUAACUCUAGUUUCAACCUAGGUGAGAGAAUUCCCGAGACUAAGAUUGUGAGAAAAGUACUUAGAUCUCUACCUGAGAGAUUUAGGCCUAAAGUCACUGCCAUUGAGGAAAUUAAGGACCUAGAUGAAGUUAAGAUCGAAGAAUUGGUAGGAUCCUUGCAAACCUAUGAACUCACUAUCUCACAACAUAAGAAAGGAAAGUCCAUAGCCCUAAAAUCCAUUAAAGAAGAUGUAUCUUCUGAUACUGAGUCACUUAGGGAUGUGGAAAUCGCAUACUUUGUUAAGAAAUUUCAAAAAGUCCUCAAGAAUAGGAGAAAGCCUCAGGAUAGGAAGAGUGGAGCCCCUAGCAUAUUCACAAAAGAUAAAAUUGAGAAAGUUAACAAUAAAGGGUCAAGUGAGAAGCCACGUUUGGUUAGAUGUCAUGAGUGUCAAGGAAUAGGUCACUAUAGGAAUGAGUGUCCUAGCUAUAAGAAAAAUCAAAGAAAAGGGAAAGAUAGGGCCUUAGUUGUCUCACUUACUGAUAAUGAAUCUGAGACCAGUGAUAGGCAGGAAUCCUCUAGUAGUGAUGAUGAAGGAAAUUAUAUGGCAUUUGUGGCUACUGUUAAGAGUGAAUCUGAUAAGGAAAGUGACAAGGUUGAGGAAGAACAUUUAAACGAUAAUUCUGGUAAUGAGGAUGAGGAUGAGGAUGAGGAUGACAUAGACUUACAAGAAGCUUAUCAACUGUUGUUUAAGGAGAGUCUUAAAAUAAAGAAGGUCAAUAAAGCCCUACUUAAAAAGGUUGACGAACUUGAAAGGGAAAAAGAGAAUCUAGGUAGUAAGCUUCAGGACUCACUUAAGAGUGGUAGUGAGUUAAAAUGUGUCAAUGAGAAAUUGGAAGACAAGGUUAAGAGUUUGACUAGUGAAUUGGUGAAAUCUAAUACUCAUCUUCAGACAUUCAUAAGUGGAACUAAUAAAUUGGAUAACCUGUUGGGAAUGAAUAAGCCAGUGGGAGAUAAGAGAGGUCUAGGAUAUGUUGAGGGUAAUACACAUGUUGCUGGACCAUCUAAGACUGUCUUUGUGUCUGCCUCUAAGUCUAAUGUUGUUAGGAGUCCAAGUAAGGGUAAGAGUGUUCCUAGGGAACAGAGUCAUCAAUCACGUAGGAAUAUCAGGACUAGGUACCCACAGACACGUACCUUUGAGCUUAGGUUCAUUCCCACCUGUCACCACUGUGGAGCUCUAGGACACACUAGGCCUAGAUGUUAUAAGUUAGGCAAUGAGCGUAGAAAUCAAAAUAUUCCUAGUCAGGUUAGCUUUCCGUCUAAUCAGGCUAGUCAUUUGACUGAGAUGCUUACUAAGCUAACUAAGAGUACUUUGUCAUCUAAAAAGAUUUGGGUCAAAAAGGGUGAUCUAGCUAGACUUUCAGGUCAAGAAAAGUGUUUUGUUGCUCAUGUUGCAUUGAAAGCCCAAAAUUACAACAUGUGGUACCUAGAUAGUGCAUGUUCUAGGCAUAUGUGUGGUAAUAAAGCUCUAUUCACUACUCUUGAUGAAUGUUUAAAGUCAAAUUUGUUAAGCAUUAGUCAGAUUUGUGAUGACGACUUUGAGGUUAGUUUUGUGCAGAAGAGAUGUACCGUGUAUGAUUCAUCCGGUGGGGUAGUCCUUGAAGGGAGUGCUAAAAUUGAUGUGAGUGAGCUCUGUCACAAAAGAUUAGGUCAUUUGAACUAUAAGAGUCUAGAGCAGUUGGCUAAGAAAGAAUUGAUAGAUGGGCUGCCUAAGAUAGUUCCUAGUGAAAAUGUUGUGUGUGGACCAUGUCAACUAGGUAAACAACUUAAGGGGAGCCAUAAGAAGACUACUAAAAUUCUGACCAAAAGACCCUUGGAGUUGGUACACAUGGAUUUGAUGGGACCUUCUAGGACUGAGAGUUUAGGUGGUAAGCGAUACAUUCUUGUCGUGGUAGACGACUUCUUGAGGUUUACUUGGAUAGAAUUGCUAAGGGAAAAAUCUGAUGCUAGUGACCUCAUAAAGUCUCUGUGUAAACGGCUUAGCAAUGAACUGAAUCUCAAAGUGUCUAGGAUGCGUUGUGACCAUGGAAAAGAGUUUGAGAACUUUAAUCUUAAGAGUUUCUGUAUGGACGAAGGGAUAUUGCAUGAGUUCUCUUCCCCUAUCACUCUGCAACAAAAUGGGGUAAAAAGCCUACUGUUAAGUAUUUUAGAGUAUUUGGGUAGCAAUCUCGUAGCCUGGCUAAGUAAGAAACAAAAUUCAAUAUCUUUAUCCACGGCAGAGGCCGAAUACAUAGCUGUAGGGAGUUGCUGUACUCAGCUUCUCUGGAUGAAACAAAUGCUUAGUGAUUAUGGGAUUAGUCAAGUGACAAUGACUGUUUUCUGUGAUAAUACGAGUGCGAUAAAUAUUUCUAAGAAUCCCAUUCAGCACUCUCAAACAAAACAUAUUGACAUACGACAUCAUUUCAUUCGAGAGCUUGUUGAAUCACAUGUUGUCUCUCUUGACCAUGUUUCUACUGAUAAUCAAUUGGCUGAUCUACUUACGAAACCACUAGAUGGAUUGAGGUUUGAGUCGCUUCAGACGGCUGUUGGUGUUUGCUCACCUAUUUGA